CGUUCCCAAACAGACGUUCAGUUCAGUCGCGUUCGUGUGUUGUAUCGUUGCUGCUGCCGUUUUUCCACGUGGUGCCUCACAAAUUCAGUUUUGCCAGCAUGAAAACUGCCGGCUCCAAGGUGCGUCACGCGUCCAAGAAAAACAAAGCUUCGUGGCGCAAAAAUGUGGACAUUUCCGACGUGGAGGGAUUUCUGGAGGAGCAGCGCGAGCACGAACGGAUCGCCGGGAAUGUGGCGGACCGGUCCGACGCGGAACUGUUUGUGGAGGAGAAGAAGCCACAGAAGGGUGGGCAGCGGAGUAGGAGGGAGUUGAGGAAGCAGCAGUUUGAGGGCAAGCCGAAAUUUUGUGCUGCGCUGGAGAACACCUCCAAGGUGGCGGAUCCGGUCCUGAAGAGGAACGUAAUCACGAACAAGGAGAAGCUGCUGGCGAUUGGCAAGAGGAAGAGCAAGGCGGAGGCGGUUUCGGUUGGGGUUAGGAAGAAGAAGGUGGUGAAGGAUAAGGUGGUCACGAAGGAUUUGUGGGCAGAUGAAGAUUCCGGGAAGAAACCGAUUCGCGCCAGGCCAAAUGCCGUUUCGAAUGUGGAGUUGCCCCCGGCCGGAGCCAGUUACAACCCAUCGAUUGACGACUACAAUGAGCUCAAGCAGGCAGUGGUGGAAUCCGAGAAGAAGCACAUCAAACGGGCCCAGCACCUGGACCGGGUCGUGACGGCCAAGUUCGGCAAGAAGCUCACGCCGGAACAGCGCGAAAAGCAACUCUUCGAGGAAAUGUCCGAGGGACUGUUUGAAAAGCCCAGCAAAAAGUCAUCCUCCAAAAAAGAAGCCGAAGAGGACACCGAAGACUACAAAGCCAUCAACGCCCCCGUCCAGAACAAAAAGAAGACCCGUGCCCAGCAGAACAAAAAGUUCCGCGAGGUCGCCAAACGGAACGCCGCCGUCGCCCUCAAGGAGGAACUCAAAAAGCUCGCCGACAUCAACCGCCUGCCGGAAAUGAACUCCAAGCUGGCGAAAACCGAAAAGAACAUCGAAGUGAAGCGCGGUCGCCGCGCCGUUCGCGACGAAGAAAAGAAGCAACUGCCGGGCCGGGUGGCCUACAUGCAGUACGAGGCGCCCGAGCCGGACUUUGUCGAACCGACGCAGCUCACCGACAAGCUGCGGACGGUGGCGCCGAACAAGAGUCUGGUCGUGGACCGGUUCAAGAGUCUGCAGAAGCGAGGGCUGAUUGCGCCGAAGAAGCACCGCGAUGGCAUUCUGCGGACGAACCGGUCCACGCUGAAGAAGUGGAAGCGGUACACGCUCAACAGUCACAAGGAGGAGGGGGUGUCGGCGUAAGAAGCGAAGGGGAUGAAAUUUGUGGAACCAUUGCGAGUCAGUGGGGGUGUAAUUUUAAAAUUUAUUAUAAAGUAAUAAAAUAUACUAAAAUAGAGUAAGAAA